GCGCUGUCCCCGCCGCCACCCCUACGCCGCGCGUCCACCCCCUGCCCUCGGCCGCUGCCCGCCCCCGGAGGCUCGCGCCCCGCGCCCCCGCUUGCCUCGCGCUCUGCACCGGGUCGCCAGCGAAGGCGACGCGGCGCUGCCCGGGCCCCGCCCAGCCCGGAGGCUCGCGCCCCGCGCCCCACUGGCCGUGCGCGCCGGGGGCGGGGCGGGCGCUCGGGGGUGCGGGCCCCGCGGGGCGGCCAUGGAGUGAGGCUGCGCGCGACUCGCGCUCGGACCCACGGACCGACCCGCGCACCGACGGGAAAAUGAACAGAGCAGAUUCACCAAAACCACCCCUUGCUCCCAAGCCCAAGACGACCAGUCCACUCACACCAAGGACUGCACCCAAAUUCCCAUCGUCAUCCAGGCCUGAUAGUCUUCACAGCCCAAACUCCAUGUUCAGGGGACCAAAACCCCCCAUUGCUCCUAAGCCCAGGCUGGCUGCCCCCAGCGAGUGGAGAGCCAGUGUGUAUGUGAACAAUAGCGUGAACAAAUGCAGCAAUGGGAGGCUGCUUUACGUAGACAGGGGGCUUGAUGAAGGGCACCGGCCUAACCUGGAGUGCUUGGAGUCAGAGACAGACGAGGAUUACAUCGUGGCCCCCAAGGCCCCGCUGAGUGCGGACGAGCCCAAAGAUGGAGGCUAUGCAGAGAACGCAGGCAUGGUGCCUCCGGAUGCUUCUGGGGAAGAAGAAGAGGAACAUGAGGAGAGAGGCGAGGCAGGUGGCAUGGAGGGGGCAGGAGCUGGUGAGAACUCAGCUGCCCCGGCUGACGGGGUGCUGAGCAGGGAAGGUGAGGAAGAUGUAGACCACACUCCUGAAAACGGGCAAGAGGGCUGUGACAAUGAUCCGGGGACAGAGGAGCAGGUGUCCACAAGUGAGGAGGAAGAGAAGCUGGUGAAGGAACACAACGCGUACAACCUGGAGGGCAGGGAUGGAGAGAAUGGUUUUCACGGCAAUAUAAUCCUAACUUUCGCUGAUGUAGGGGACCCAGCAACCCCUGGUGAGGAGCCUGAGCCUCUCAAAGCCGCCACGGAGGUAGAGGAGGAUGGUGAGGAAGGCUGUGUCAACACCGAAGCAGGGGGGACAGAUGAGGGCGUGGAUCCAGACACUGAACAGAAUGCUGACCAGGCCAGUGAGGAGCCCCCUGAGAAUGAGGAAUUAGCCUCAGGUGUCCAGGAGGCAGAGACAGGCCCAGGUGACCCUGAAAUCUCUGAGGAGGAAUGUGAAGACAUCACAGGUGGUGGGGACCAGGUUGACCAGGAUGAGCCGUCUGAGCAUGAUGAUGAAACCAACCAUGAAGAAAUAGCAGCAGCCUCCCAAGCGGUGGUAGGAGACCCUCAUGACAGCGAGGACCCAGCACAGGACCAGCCUGCCGAGGAGAACUGCCAGAUCGUACCUUUUGAGAGUGACUGUCUUGAUGACUUGGUGACUUCACUCACAGGAAGCCCUUACGAGUUCUUCCCAACUGAGAGCACCUCUUUUUGUAGCGAGAGCUAUUCUCCUCUUUCUGAGUCAGCAAAAGGCUUAGAAUCAGAGCAGGAACCAAAGUCAGGGGUCUGUGCCGGAACGUUCCCUGGCCGGCAGGACUCCCUACAGGGUGGAGCUGAGGAAGGCCCCUUUGUCCCUGAUGUAGUGGUCAUGCCAGAGGAGGAGGAUGCUGCAGAUGACUCGCUUACCAACCCCUACGUGAUGGGAGUUGGCCUGAUGUGCCAGGCUGACCCUGGAGAAGAAGAGCAGUCUGAGACGCAGGCUUCAGCAGAUGUUCUCAGUGGAUAUGCUACAAAGGAAGAUGUGAACGCUGAUGCCGAGGGCGGCCUGGCCCCCACUGACAGGAAGAACGUUGUCACAAGGGCCCGGCCCCACUCUGGAAAGGUAGCAGGCUAUGUCCCAGAAACUGUCCCUGAAGAAACCGGACCGGAAGCUGGCUCAUCUGCCACGGGCAUCAGAGGUGCCCCUGAGGAUGCAAGGAAGACGGUUUUGUCGUUGGAGGGAAAGCCCCUGGAAGCCAGCAGGGCCUUGCCAGCAAAGCCCAGAGCCUUCACCUUAUACCCUCGGUCAUUCUCGGUGGAAGGUCGAGAGAUCCCGGUUUCUGUGUACCGGGAGCCAGAGGGAUCCGGGUUAGACGACCACAGGAUGAAAAGGAAAGAGGACAACCUUUCUCUGCCAUGUGUGAUCGGCUCUUCUGAGAGUUUCUCCCAGAGAAACCACCUUCCAUCCAGCGGCACGUCAACACCAUCUUCUGUGGUAGACAUUCCGCCCCCUUUUGAUCUGGCCUGCAUCACCAAGAAGCCCAUCACAAAGAGUUCUCCCUCGCUCCUGAUUGAGAGUGACUCCCCAGACAAGCACACCAAGAAGAAGAAGUCAUCCUUUAAGCGGUUCCUGGCACUGACGUUUAAAAAGAAGACGGAGAACAAAGUCCAUGUGGACGUUAACGUGUCUUCCUCCAGGUCCUCUUCAGAAUCCAGCUACCACGGGCCUUCCAGGAUUCUGGAAAUUGACCGGAGAAGCCUCAGUAACUCCCCUCAGCUUAAGUCUCGGACUGGGAAGCUCCGGGCUUCUGAAUCCCCCUCCUCCCUCAUCUUUUACAGAGACGGCAAGAGGAAAGGGGUGCCCUUCAGCAGGACAGUGUCUAGAGUGGAGUCCUUUGAAGAUCGCUCCCGGCCACCCUUUCUGCCCUUGCCGCUGACCAAGCCACGGUCCAUUUCAUUCCCCAAUGCUGACACUUCAGACUAUGAGAACAUUCCAGCCAUGAACUCGGACUAUGAAAAUAUCCAGAUUCCACCCCGGAGGCCUGCAAGGGCAGGCACGUUUACGAAGCUGUUUGAAGAUCAGAGCAGAGCCCUAUCCACAGCAAACGAAAAUGAUGGCUAUGUGGACAUGAGCAGCUUCAAUACCUUUGAGAGCAAACAGCAGAGCACAGACCUGGAAGCAGAAAGUGCCUACACAGAGCCCUACAAGGUCUGUCCCAUCUCGGUGGUGGCCCCAAAAGAGGACCUCACAUCGGAUGAAGAGCAGAGAAGCUCAGAGGAGGAGGACAGUGCUCCAAGAGACUCCAGCCUCACCCACAAGGUGGAAGGACAGUCCAGAGCCCUUGUCAUCGCACAGGAGCUGCUGUCUUCAGAGAAAGCAUAUGUGGAGAUGCUCCAGCACUUACAUCUGGAUUUCCAUGGAGCUGUCAUGAAGGCCUUGAGUGACAUGGACCAAGAAGGCAGAGACACAUUGGCCCGCGAAGAGCUGAAGCAGAGCCUGAGUGAACUCCCAGCCCUCCACGACCUUCACCAAGGCAUCCUGCAGGAGCUGGAGGAGAGGCUGUCGAACUGGGAGAGCCAGCAGAAGGUGGCCGAUGUCUUCCUGGCCCAGGAGCAGGAGUUUGACCACCACGCCACUCACAUUCUGCAGUUCGACAGGUCCCUGGCUCUGCUUGGUGAGAACUGCCUCCACUCUCCCCGGCUGGCAGCUGCUGUCCGUGAAUUCGAGCAGAGUUUGCAAGGAGACGGUCAGACCAUGAAGCAUCAUCUGCUGAGGGUGGUACAGCGCCUCUUCCAGUAUCAAGUGCUGCUCACAGACUAUCUAAACAACCUUUGCCCGGACUCAGCUGAGUACGACAACACACAGGGUGUGCUGACCCUCAUCUCCAAAGUCACAGAUCGUGCCAACGACAGCAUGGAGCAGGGGGAGAACCUACAGAAGCUGGUCCACAUUGAGCACAGUGUUCAGGGCCAAGGGGACCUCCUCCAGCCAGGAAGGGAGUUUCUGAAGGAAGGGACACUGAUGAAGGUAACGGGGAAGAACAGACGUCCCCGGCACCUGUUUCUGAUGAGCGACGUGCUCCUGUACACGUAUCCCCAGAAGGACGGGAAAUAUCGGCUGAAGAGCUCAUUGCUAGUGGCCAACAUGAAGGUCAGCCGCCCCGUGAUGGAGAAAGUGCCCUAUGCCCUGAAGAUCGAGACUUCCGAGUCCUGCCUGAUGCUGUCUGCAAGCUCCUGUGCAGAGAGGGAUGAGUGGUACAGCUGUCUGAGCAGAGCCCUCCCUGAAGACUACAAGGCCCAGGCUCUGGCUGCAUUCCACCACAGCGUGGAGAUACGGGAGAGACUAGGGGUUAGCCUGGGAGAGAGGCCCCCUACCCUGGUGCCAGUCACACACGUCAUGAUGUGCAUGAACUGCGGCUGCGACUUUUCCCUCACCCUGAGGCGCCAUCACUGCCAUGCCUGUGGCAAGAUUGUAUGCCGGAACUGUUCAAGAAACAAGUACCCACUGAAGUACCUCAAGGACCGGAUGGCCAAGGUCUGCGAUGGCUGCUUCGGAGAGCUGAGGAAGAGGGGCGGGGCCGUCCCUGGCCUGAUGAGAGAGCGGCCUGUGAGUAUGAGCUUUCCCCUAUCUGCACCCCGCUUCUCGGGCAGUGCCUUCUCCUCCGUCUUCCACAGCAUCAACCCCUCAACCUUCAAGAAGCAGAAGAAAGUCCCUUCAGCCUUGUCUGAGGUGGCCGCCUCCGGAGAGGGCUCUGUCAUCAGCGGCUAUCUCAGCCGGUGUAAGAAGGGCAGGCGGUACUGGAAGAAGCUCUGGUUCGUCAUCAAAGGCAAAGUCCUCUACACCUACAUGGCCAGCGAGGACAAAGUGGCCAUGGAGAGUAUGCCUCUGCUAGGUUUCACCAUUGCCCCAGAAAAGGAAGAGGGCAGCAGUGAAGUAGGACCUACUUUCCACCUUUACCACAAGAAAACCCUAUUUUAUAGCUUCAAAGCAGAGGAUACCAACUCAGCUCAGAGGUGGAUUAAGGCCAUGGAAGAUGCAAGUGUGUUAUAGCAUUUAUCAAACAUGUGGACUCAGAAUAAACUCUUAGGUUGAUAUGUGAACCCUUCUAGAAGCCAAUCCAUGUCUCAACUCGCCUGGACACACACCUGGAUUCAGCAUGGGGCUUGAUCUUUUUGCUGUAAUCACCCCCACCCACACACACAAAUACACCUUCACCAGUGGUGCCCUUGAGAAAUAUUUAUGGAUCUCUCCUCUUCUUUGUGUUUUCCCUUCACUCCACCCCACCCCCAUCAUAAACUAUUCUCACCCCGCUGUGCAUUAAAAUGUAGUAAGGUGAAGCCGUGGAAACCAGUAGAAAAGUACUUUAGAAAUGCAGGCUUUUUUUUUUUUUUUUUUUGUAGAGACAGAGUCUCACUUUAUGGCCCUCGGUAGAGUGCCGUGGCCUCACACAGCUCACAGCAACCUCCAACUCCUGGGCUUAAGCGAUUCUCUUGCCUCAGCCUCCCGAGUAGCUGGGACUACAGGCGCCCGCCACAACGCCCGGCUAUUUUUUGGUUGCAGUUCGGCUGAGGCCGGGUUUGAACCCGCCACCCUCGGUAUAUGGGGCCGGCGCCUUACCGACUGAGCCACAGGCGCCGCCCAAGAAAUGCAGGCUUUUUAGUAGCAACAAGCUUUUACAGUUUUUACUCCUGGUAAAUCUUAUCUUCUUUCAUAAUGUCAAUUGUGGUGCUUCAGAUGAAAUGAGAAACAACCAGUAAGUGACAGCUACUCUCAACCAAAGCACUUUAUUGUUUUGCUGAGUUGCAACCUCCAAAUUUGUGUUUUCCAAGUGAUUUACUUGUGUCAAUAACAGAAUCUUGUGGACAGAUUUGCAAACAGUCCUCUAAUAAGGGUGAACAUAAUAAAACUGACUUGUGUAGGUCUGGCUGUGCUUGCCAGCACUUGAGCCCACAGCACCAUGGCUCAGGGGCCAUGCCUACUGAUAGGAAGGGGAGGAUUUUCUCCUGCAAUUAUCUCUCAGCCUGAACACUGACAUAACUUAUUCAAGGAGGGCACCCUCUUUCCCAGGGUCCCCAACAGGACAUCAGUACUAGAAACACAGCUACUGGGGCCAGGCACAGAGGUUCACCCCUAUAAUCUUAGCACUCUGGGAAAACAGGAGGAUCACUUGAGUUCAGGAGUUUGAGACCAGCCUGAGUAAGAGCUAGAAAAAUACUAGCUUGGGGUGGUGGUGAGCGUCUGUAGUCUCAGCUACGUCGGGGGCUCAGGCCAAAGAAUUCCUUGAGCCCAGAAGUUUGAAGUUACUGUGACCUAGGCUGAUGCCAUGGCGCUCUACCCAAGGUGACGGAAUGAGAUUCUGUCUCACAAAAAGAAAAAAAAUUUUU